GGCCACCGCAAUUCACCCCACCCGGCGGAAUCCUAAACCCUAGCGAAUCCAAUCCCCGUGAGACGAUGCCGUCGGCCGCAGGUCCGGUGGCCGUAGCCGUGGCGGCUGAGAAGCCCGCUCCUGCCCCGAUGGUCGGGAUAUCGCCGGAUCUGUACCCGACGGAGGACGACCUCCCGUACGAGGAGGAGAUCCUGCGGGAGCCGUUCAAGCUCAAGGGGUGGUGGCGCUACCUCGUCGCCCGCGCCGCCGCGCCGUUCGCUAAGCGCGCCGUCAUCUACGAGCGUGCGCUCAAGGCGCUCCCGGGGAGCUACAAGCUCUGGCACGCCUACCUCCGCGAGCGCCUCGACCACGCGCGCCCUCACCCCAUCGACCACCCGGCCUACUCGUCGCUCAACAACACCUUCGAACGGGCGCUCGCCACCAUGCACAAGAUGCCACGCGUCUGGAACCUCUACCUCACGUCGCUCCUCGACCAGCGCCUGCUCACGCGCGCGCGCCGCGCCUUCGACCGCGCCCUGCGCGCGCUGCCGGUGACACAGCACGACCGAAUCUGGCCGCUGUACCUGCGCCUCGCGUCGCUCCCGGCCUGCCCCGUCGAGACGUCGCUCCGCGUGUUCCGCCGCUACCUCCAGUUCGACCCCUCCCACGCAGAGGACUUCAUCAACUUCCUUAUAUCCGCCAACCGCUGGCAGGAGGCCGCCGACCGCCUUGCUUCCGUGCUCAACGAUGACGGCUUCCGCUCUGUCAAGGGGAAGACCAGGCACCAGCUCUGGCUUGAGCUCUGUGAGAUCCUCACCAAGCACGCCGAUGAAGUCGCCGGGCUCAAGGUGGACGCCAUACUGCGGGGUGGGAUACGAAAGUUCACCGACGAGGUUGGCAAGCUGUGGACCUCGCUGUCCGAUUACUAUGUAAGGAGGGGGCUUUUCGAAAAAGCAAGGGAUGUAUUUGAGGAGGGGGUUUCUUCGGUGGUCACGGUGAAGGAGUUCAGCGUGGUGUUUGAUGCAUAUACGCAAUUUGAGCAGAGUAUGCUUGCAGCAAAGCUGGAAGCUGCCGAGGAAGAGGAGGUUGAGGACGAGGAUGAGCAAGGGGGAAGGAAGAAUGGGAUGAAAAAGUUAUCGAAGGAAUUCCUUGAGGGAUUCUGGUUGAACGCUGAGGAUGAUACUGAUUUGAGGCUGGCAAGGUUCGAGCGGCUAUUGGAUCGCAGACCAGAGCUCCUUAGCAGUGUGCUGUUGCGACAGAAUCCACAUAAUGUUGAGGAGUGGCACAGGAGGGUGAAACUUUUUGAGAAGGAUCCUGCAAGGCAAGUAGCGACAUAUGUUGAGGCUGUGAAAACUGUGGACCCAAUGAAGGCGGUUGGUAAACCUCAUACUCUAUGGGUGGCGUUUGCAAAGAUGUAUGAAAAACAUAAUCGUCUAGAUAGUGCUGAGGAUAUUUUUAAACGGGCUACGCAAGUGAACUAUAAGGCAGUUGACCACUUAGCCAGUAUCUGGUGUGAGUGGGCAGAGAUGGAGUUGAGGCACAGCAAUUUUGACAAGGCCAUUGAGCUGAUGAGGCAAGCAACAGCAGAGCCCUCUGUCGAGGUUAAGAGGCGAGCUGCUGCUGAGGGGAACGAACCUGUCCAAAUAAAAGUACAUAAAUCUUUGAAAUUAUGGAGCUUUUAUGUGGAUCUGGAGGAGAGCCUUGGAACCUUGGAAUCUACCCGUGCUGUUUAUGAGAGAAUAUUGGAUUUACGAAUUGCCACUCCACAAAUAAUUCUCAAUUAUGCAUUUCUUCUUGAGGAGCACAAAUAUUUUGAAGAUGCAUUUAAAGUGUAUGAAAGAGGCGUGAAGAUAUUCAAGUAUCCCCAUGUUAAGGCCAUUUGGGUGACCUACCUCACAAAGUUUGUACAGAGGUACAGGAGAAGCAAGAUAGAACGAGCAAGAGAGCUGUUCCAUGAAGCUGUCCAACAGGCUCCUCCAGAUGAAAAAAAGGCCAUAUAUUUGCAAUGGGCUAAAUUUGAGGAAGACUAUGGUCUUGCAAAACGUGCUAUGAAUGUAUAUGAUGAAGCUGUAAGGGCUGUUCCUAACAGUGAAAAGAUGAGCAUGUAUGAAAUCUACAUAGCACGUGCCGCUGAGCUAUUUGGUGUUCCAAGGACAAGACAAAUAUACGAGCAAGCGAUUGAAUCUGGCCUCCCAGACAGAGAUGUUAUGACAAUGUGCAUGAAAUUUGCGGAACUAGAAAGAAGCCUUGGAGAAAUUGACCGUUCUCGUGCCAUUUAUGUGCACGCAUCCAACUAUGCUGAUCCAAACUCCCAUUCCGACUUUUGGAAGAAGUGGAAUGAUUUUGAGAUCCAGCAUGGUAAUGAAGACACAUUCAGGGAAAUGCUUCGCAUCAAACGUACAGUGGCUGCCAGCCGCAGUCAGACGCAUUUCAUACUCCCAGAGUACUUGAUGCAGAGGGACCAGAGGCUAAACCUGGACGAGGCAGUUGACACUCUGAAGCGUGCUGGUGUCCCCGAGGAUGAGAUGGCAGCCCUAGAAAGGCAACUAGCUCCUGGACCAUCCUUGGCACCGCCGUCUGCUCCAAGCACCACUACAACACCCGCAAACAGGAUGAUGAACUUUGUCAGCGCUGGGGUAGAGGCACAGGCUGAGGGCAGCAGGCAACAGGCUGGUAACAACGAGGACAUCGAGCUGCCUGAGGAGAGUGACGAUGAGGAGGAUGUCCAAAUUGCAGAGAAGAGUGUUCCUGCUGCAGUGUUUGGUGAGCUUGGCAAGAGAGCUGCAGAGAACAGGGAGGAAAGCUCAGGUGCAGGUGCCCAAGAGAAUGAGCAGCUGGGCGCCCUUGAGAGGAUAAAGAGACGACGCCAAUAGUCUGUCAGUGCUAAGUUGCGAACCUGAUGUUGUAGUUGUUACUUGUAAACAUGUUUUGAAUAGCGUUUGCUCUACUUGUACAAUAAUUUACUGAAAUUAAUCAGUGUUGAUGCAUGACCAUUUUUUGUGUA